AUGUCUCCCGGUGGCGGCCGGUGGCCGGUCUGCUUGCUGGUGAUCACCGGCGUGAUGGCCGGGCCAUCCCUCAGUCAAGAGUGCUCGGCGGAGAAAAUGGAAAACGCCAUCAUCGAUAUAAACUUGUCGCUGUCCAGGGGCAUCCGGGGCGCGGAGCCGGUGCGCGUCCCCGGCCCUGGGGCUUGCGUCCGCGGCUGCUGUUCGGCGGGAAGGCUCUCAGGAGACCAGGAGUGUAAUCUGAUGAUUUUUGAUGCUCAAAGGGCAAGCGCACAUCCAAACUGCUACCUGUUUCACUGCCCUAGCACAGAGGCUUGUCCGAUGAAACCCGCAACAGGAUUUGUCAGCUACAAGAUAACUAGAGAGACCCAUGGCCAGAAGGAUACAUCUUUCAAAAAUGAGGACUUUUCUUCAAAUGGAAAUACUUUGUUUUCAGAUGCUGAAGGCUUUAUUUCUCCCAGUCAGAUCAGCCACUGGAAUCGUACCGCUGCUUUGCAACAAUCUGUCGUGCAUCAGGCAUCUGAACUCCAGAACCACAUGGCCAAGCAUUUAGACAAUGCUGAAUUUCGUACAGUUUUUCCUGAAUCUCAAAGCGUAAAACAUCCUGAGAGUUUAGACCCCAUACCAAGGCAGAAAAUAAUUAACCUGCCACCAAAUAUGUCUUCUGCUGUUCCAAUUGGAAACCCCUCUGCUUUGUUCCCCACCACUCAGUCCAGUGUUCCUGAACGCAGCAGUACUACUUCUACUUUUACUCCCAUGCCUACAAGUACCACCGCACUGGAAUCUCGUACGACGUCUCUGUAUCCUGGUGGUGCUAAACCUACUACUGUCACCACUACCACCACCACAGCUACCUUUUCUCCUACUGCUACUGCUAGAGCUAGACCUGGUAUCCCUGCUGCCAGCAUCACUGUUGCUCAUGUUCCUCUUUCCAGUUCCACAACUUCUGCUUCUACGUCUACAAGGAACAAGGUGACCAGCAGUUCUGUAUCUGCUACUGCUCCAGCAGGGCUAAGAACUCCAGCCAUCCCUCCUGAGCCAACGGUUGUCACUUCCAACGAUACCAGCCAUGUCACCCUCGUCUCUUUUUCGGGUUUCACUCUUUCUACUAGCAAUUCCCCCAUGGCUUCCCAAAAUAAUCCUCAGGGUUAUAACCCCUCUGAUUCAGAAAGCUACCUGCCAGAGAGUGUUCUGAAAGGGGAAGGUGUUGCUCAACUGGUAGAAAAAAGCAGCCUUGUAGCAGCUUUGUUUUUUGGGGUGAUAUUCUUGUUGCUAGUUAUUGCACUGACAGGGAAGAAAAUACAUGAAUCUCUUCAGAAGAGACAUUAUACCAGGCUGGAUUACUUGAUCAAUGGCAUGUAUGCUGAUGUAUGA